UUUGGAUUAAAAUUAUGACAAUUAUUUAUUAUAUAUAAUAGCUCUCAUUACGUCGACCAUAUUAAACAUGACAAAAUACAGACCUAUUUAGAUUUCAUUUCAUAAUAUAAGUAUAUCAUUAUAACUAAAGUAACAUACAAUAGAUGGGUAAAUUCCAAAAUAAUCUUUUGUACACAAAACUAACAUAAUGACAUUCUAAAUUGUGACAAUCCUGAAAAAGACAGUAGAUCAAAAAUACCUAAUAUUUUAUUUUAAAUAAGAUAAUUUACUUUAAUACACAUAAACAAUACUAUACCUAUAGAAAACAUGGCACCUUAACUUCUUAUUCAAUCCAAUGCAAUAUUAUACAUACCUUUAUAAUUGAUACAUUUUUGUUGCUAACUAUACUUAUACAAGUUAUAUGAUACAUGUCAUCUGUAUCUACACUUACUAUAUUAAAUGUUACACAUAAGAUAAUUAAUGAGUUAAAUGAUAUGACACAUUUUACUCACGAUUAAUAGACAAUUAUCAAGAAGAAAAUAAUACUCCAUGAAAAGUAAAGCAAAUCAUUAUAAAAACAUAAAAGUAUGUAUUGUAGAAACCAACAAGUAAGAAAAAGAAAGACUACACAUUUCAAUCUCAAGUGUAAUUGCUCUUGAAAUAUAUACAAUUUUAUCUUGAAAUAUAUACAAUGAGAGCAUACAAAAUAUAUUAUAUAACAUGUUUGACAGUUGAAAUAAAAACAAAGAAUGCAUUUAACCCUAAUUAUGUAUCACAGAUGUCCAAAUAAAAGCAUACAAAAUAAACACUUGUUAAGACUCCAUGCAUUGCAUACCUCUAGGUAUAUUGCCCACAGUUAGGCAUCCACACAUUUAAGACUUAUAUUUUUACGCUUUAGCAGUCUUACAUCAAAAGUAACAACUUGUUCUAAACAGAAAGCCUAUAGAAUUACUAGAGCCCGGAAUUUUCAUAGCACUUUAUGUCAUUGUGAGUUGACAGAGGGCAACAUCUGAAAUUACAUUAUCUGCCUCCCUAUCAAUUGAAUAUAUAAGAGUAAUAGAGAGGCAAAUAACGAAAUAUCGAACUUCGUAUUUCACGGUAGGCCACAGUAAUUCUGAGGUCAUAUAAAAACAUACCUAUUAUCUCAAACAAUAUUAAUUUGAAAGACAUUAUUUUCACAUUUCUCAAAUUCACAUCAUACCUUAUCAUUGACCUAAAUUACCAUGUCAAUUGUUUAAUAUCUUAUACAUAACUUAAUGGACUAUACAGGCCUAAUGUCUCUCUGUCUGGACUGCUGAUUUCUCAAAUACUGGGUGACUAUACAUCACGAACGAUAUAGAAAAUAUGUGAUAGACAGUUGUAUACAUUGUAAGAAUGCUUCUAUUUUAUUUUUAUUAUACAACAAUCAAUAUUAUAUUAUUAUUAUUAAUGUCAGCUACACAGCCAGAGAAUUAAUCCAAGAAUAGUAGUACCAGGAACACAUGGUUUAAGUGGUACUGAAAAAACAUAUAUGUACGAUGGAAGCCAUCCCAUGCUAUCAAUGAUUGUAGUGACAAAAUAAGUUAUAGUGUAGACUAUAAUAAAACAUUGAAAAUUGUAACAAGCUGACUGUGUAACCGUGUCAAUGGGAACCGAUUGUCAUGGAUCCCGGCGAUGUGUCUGUUUGGGCGCUUGAAUAACUUGAACGAGUUGCUUUACAUCCUCGGAAAGUGCCCUUGGGAGGACUAAUGAGUCUACCUGCUGCAGGUUAGAAACUGAUAGUGCUACUUGCAACAGGGCAGUAUCUCGGAGUGAGCGGAGACUCACACUUAUAUUCCAAUUACUUCUAAAACGCGCAUCAUGGCGACUUAUUGGAGCUCUAAAGAUUGCUUGCGCGCCUAUAUUGUAGCGCUCGCCUGUGGCCACAUCUGUGAACUCCCAAGGGUGAGUGGCGUAAGUAUUAAUAUCGCAAAACUCUGUCGGCUGCAGACAGACGUAGAAACGUCGACGUCCAGAAAAAUCCCUCCACCAGAUAUUCACAGGUCGUGAAGUGACAUUUGUAUAACGUAUAAACACUUGAUGAGUCGAUUCCACUGACCUGACAAGCUCCUGCCCGCCGUGGUCAUCUACUUCGUAUAGUAAACCUUCGUCUGCAUUUAACUCUUCUAGUAUCGCCAUUAUUAAUUCGUUAAUAGGAAAUACAGCUAGUUUCGUUACUUAUGUAUAUAUGCACUUAGUUACUUGAAACAAUAAAUCUGUUCCCAUUCUCUUUCAAAUAUUCCCAUAGUAUGUGCGUGACAGAAGUAACGUAGACCAGUUAUUUGAUAACAAAAGCACGAGCUUGAGCACGAUGAAGAACAGCAACAGUGGGUCAGGGGGUGUCAAGCAAAUUGACUGUGAAGUUGGCAACAGACAGUUGUCAACAAAACUCGCGAAAGAUGGCCGUGUGUGUGGCAGUAAUAGGCAAAGAUAAUUCGCCGUUAUACAUAGGUGGAAUAGGAAAUGAUACUGGAACUGAUAAUGAACUCUCUCGCCAAUGGCUUGUCCACACUGCUUUAGAUGCAUUGGAAGAACGAUUAGCAACCACGAGUACCAACAAUGCAGCAGCAGGAACAAAUACUGCUCGAGCAGACCUCCGAGACUUGUACUUAGGACUUCUUUACUCUACUGAUACACAUAAAAUAUACGGCUACGUAACAAACACAAGAAUUAAACUUGUUCUUGUGACGAGCUCUACAUCGCCCAGUGGAAGUAAUAUAAGAGAUGCAGAAGUGAGGACGGCUUUGCGCCGCUUGCACGCACUGUACGCUGAUGCUAUAUGCAACCCAUUCCAUUUACCGGGAGAUCAAAUAACUUCACCGAAAUUCGACAAGCAAGUCAAAAGUUUAAUGCUAAACAACGUUUAAUACUCAACGCAAUAGUUUAACUAUACUCCAGGAUUAAACAAAUAAAUGUACAGGCACCCACAUCGUGUAUUUACGUUUAAUGUAAUGUAAUUUGAUUUGUUCAUAGGAGUUUCUGCGUUAAUUUGUAUUUCUAAUAAAUUAUUUAUAUUAGUGUUACAAGA